GGCUGCACGCUCUCCCACAAGCCACUCCGGCGGUGUUGUGCAGCCGCCGCCGCCGCCGCCAUGUUGAUCGAGGCGCGUGUGGAGCCGCUGUGGAGGUGAAUGCGGAGUUGGAGCGGGAACUAAGCGAAAGGAAGCUCCCGGGGCCGGAGAGCCGAGCCCGACUGAGGCGAGCCGAGCGGGAGACAGCUGAACGUACUGCGGAGGGGUUUUGCGAAAAGCCUGAACACGGCGGCGUCCGGACACCAGCAACAUGGAAGCCGUCAACGCCUUUAACGACGAGGUUGCGGUGGCCUCAUUCUGAUCAUGGAGGACAGAAAGGUCGGUAUAGGAAGGGAUGUUAAAAUACUCAGCAAGCAGGAGCUCCAGCAGACCUUGGUGGACCAAAUGCACAUGCUUUUUUCCUUGAUGGAACUAAAGCCUCCUAUUUCACGGGCAAAAAUGAUCCUUAUCACAAAAGCUGCUAUUAAGGCUAUUAAGCUUUACAAGCACGUUGUGCAAAUUGUAGAGAAGUUUAUUAAAAAGUGCAAGCCAGAAUUCAAAGUUGCAGGAUUAUAUGUUGUUGACUCUAUUGUUCGUCAAUCCCGUCAUCAGUUUGGAGCAGAAAAAGAUGUCUUUGGACCACGUUUCAGUAAAAAUCUCACUGCGACAUUCCAGUAUUUGUAUAAAUGCCCAUCUGAUGAAAAGAGUAAGAUUGUUCGUGUAUUGAACUUGUGGCAAAAGAAUUGUGUUUUCAAGAUUGAAGUUAUCCAGCCAUUAUUGGACAUGGCAGUUGGGUCACCACCAACUUCUGCUCCACCUGCACUGGACAAUGCUCCUAAUAAUACAAGUCCACCUGUUAUUCUGCCCACACCUGCACAAACUCCUCAGAUUACUUCUGAUUCUUUAUCAGCAAUAAAACAGCUACCCACAUCUGAUGCUUUUGUAGCUGUUGCUCAGCUUUUUCAGUCAACGCAAGGAGCACAGAUACAACAGAUAUUACAGAACUUCCAACAGGCUCCAAAGCCACAAUCGCCAGUUGUGGACAGCGCCAUAAUGUCUCAAGUGGAGGCAAUAACAGCACAGUUGAAACCACCCAGUACACAACCUACCUUUGAUAAGAAAUUGCUUGACCGAUUUGAUUAUGAUGAUGAGCCAGAACAAGUUGAUGAAGUAAAGAAAGAAGAGUCUACUCCUUCACCUGCUCAAACUUCAUUCUACUCUGGAGAAGGUUUACAACCACCCAUGUAUCCGCAGCUUGGCAUUCGACUACCAAAUUUGGAACAAUUUCAACAAACUUUGAUGGGUCUUCAACAAGAAACAUUGCAGCAACAGAUGCCCCCGCCUCCCAAUGGGCAGUUACCAACUUAUGGGAUGGUUCCUGUUCAUCCUUAUGCAACUAUGCCUCAGCCUCCUAUGCCUCCUGUACCGCCUAUACAGCCUGUUUUCCAAGACUACCAUACUCCCACUGAAGUACAACAACAACAACAGCAACAGCAACAACAGCAGCAACAGCUGCAGCAGCAGCCGCAGCAACAACUACAAGAAGUAGAUAUGGAGAUUGAAAAGCCCGAUAUCCAUGAAACAAAACGUCAUAGUGCAGAAAAUAGACGAUCACGCACUCGAUCUGGAUCCAGAUCACCAAAGAGGAGGCGUUCUCGGUCCAGUUCUAGGUCCCGAAGAUCAAGACAUAAACGUUCUCGUUCGCGAUCCAGGGAAAGACGUAGGCACUCUCCUCGAUCCCGAAGCCAAGAAAGACGUGAACGAGAAAAGGAGCGAGAACGCCGGCAAAAAGGGCUUCCUGCAAUUAAGUCUAAAAUUGUCAGCGUUUGCAGCACAACACUUUGGAUAGGACAGCUGGAUAAAAGAGCAACUCAGCAGGAUGUUGCAAAUCUUUUGGAAGAGUUUGGCCAGAUAGAAUCUUUGAAUAUGAUACCUCCAAGAGGUUGUGCUUACAUUGUGAUGGUUCAUAGACAAGAUGCAUAUCGAGCCUUACAAAAACUUGGCAGAGGAACAUUCAAAGUUAAUCAAAAGCCUAUAAAGAUUGCCUGGGCCUUAAACAAAGGAAUGAAAACAGAAUACAAGCAGUUUUGGGAUGUGGAGCUUGGGGUCUCUUAUAUUCCUUGGGAUAAAGUUAAACCUGAAGAACUGGAGCGUUUAUGUGAAGGAGGAGUGUUGGACAACGAAACACUUUGUCCAGAAUGGAAGAAUAUUACAAAGGCACCAGCAGCUGUCGUUGAAACAUCUGAAAAUGGCAGUACAGCAGUAAUACAGUUAGAAGAAAUGCCUCCAACCUCCAUACCCAUGCCAACGCAGAUGCCUGGAAUUCAGCAAAUGCCAGCUAUUAAUAGACUCCAACCUCCGAACUUUUCAACAAUUCCGCCACCUACUUUUAAUCCUGGAGUGCCACCACCACCACCGCCACCACCUCCACCUCCAUUUAUGCGUCCUGGUUUCAAUCCAGUCCAGCCACCACCCGGUUACCUGCCGCCCGGUGCUAUGCCUCCACUGAGUACUCCAAUGCCCAUUGGAAAUACAGGAACUAACAUUCCACCAAGCGAGUCAUCCCAUCUUCCUGGAAAUCAGAGUGGAACUACUCAUGCUCCCAUGAUGAAUGUGCAGCCACCAAGCCCUGGUCUUUUGGGUGCACGACCUGGUUUAAUACCCUUACAAAGACCCCCUGGAGUUCCCCCACCUCAUUUGCAGAGGUUUCCUGUUGCUCCACCACGUCCGCUGCUACCACACUUAUUACACCGAGGUCCACCACCCCCUGGACCCGGAGGAUUUGGCGUACCUCCACCUCAUGCCAUGGGGGGACCAUUUCCACCCCAGAAUGUUUAUGGUCGUCCUGGAGUGCCUGAAGAAAGAGAUGGGAGACAGUUUAGGAAUGACAGACAUGGAUUUCCUCCAGGAAGGGAUCGAGACCAAGAACAACGUUUUGGCAGAUCAGAGUUUAGAAAUCGUCCUUUUAGUGGAAAUCGAAGUGAAAAUGAUAAUCGUGAGCGUUAUGGGAAUCGACAUGAGGAUAGAGAUCAUGAUCGCCAUUGUGGCGGACGUGAGAGAAGGGAAUGGGGGAGAAGAAGCUCUGAACGAGAAAGGCAUAGGGACUCAGAGGAAAGGAAUAGGCGGUCAAGUGGACAUAGGGAUCGUGAUUCACGAGACAGGGAAUCUCGCAGGGAUAGAGAAAUGGAUCAACGUGGAAAGGAAAAGCCUGAAGAAAUUAAUGAGGGCAAUGAAAAGCAUCACAACUCUAAUGGAGAUGCACAAGAAGAAAUAAUGAAACAAUCGGACGCGAUCCCAAUUCCUGAAGGAGAUUCUGCUCAAGGAGAAUGUAAUUCAUCGGACAUGAAUUUAAAAGCUGCAGAGGUGAUGGAAUUGGCGCCUACCUCAUCUACCAAUCAACCUGAAAUGAAAGAUUCAGGCACAACGGCUGAGGUUCAGUGAUAGAAACUAAUUGUAAUAAAGCACAUGAUGUGGUGAUAAUUGAUGUAUUCACCACAAUAUUGUGCCAUGAAGCUUCAGAGUUGUAUAAAAAAUGAUGUAUAAAGUAUUUGCUUCUGCUAUCCCACAAUCCUGUCUAGUUUUAAAGGUUUUAAGCAAAUUGUUUGCUUUCCCCAGUAUUCAGAACGUCCACACAAUUUACUCCAGUCUGAACACCUGAUGACCAGAAAAACAAAUCAAAUUUUUGCUGUACGUUUUUAAAAUUUUGACGUAAGGUAGAAGUGCUUUCUAUUCUUUUUAAUUUAAAAAAAUAACAAACAGUGAAACCUCCUCCAAAAAAUUGAGCUUAGGAUUUGUUUUUAAUAAACUCUAUUUUCUUAACAAACUUUAGAGCGUGUGAUAUUCUUCCUCAGAUUUGUGGAAAUAAGAAUGUCAUGGGAUGGAAGAAUAAGAUUGUGAAACACCCUAAAGUUUGAUAUUUUCUAUAUUGGAAACAAGUCUAAAUUAGACUCUUAUUAAUAUGUGUUCUUUAAAAAGCAGAAAUUGUUUUUUGAACAACCAACUGCAGCCCAAGACAGAUUGCUUUGCAAAGUGUAUCAUAAAGAUCUUAGUGUACUUCUCUGGUGAUGUAUAGAAAAAUAUAUAAAUUGCCCACUCAAGAUCAGGAAACAAAUGGUCUGAACAGUACUUUGUUUUAGAACGUUUCUUGAAAGUUUAUUUGUUCAUUGCCCUUAAAUACAGACCGUUUCUUAAAAGUAACAGUUUUCCUGUUUUCUUCUCUUUUGAAUGUAAAUAUAGUUGCAAAAGGAGAAUAUGUUGACUAUUUUCAAAGUAGACUUCAGUAUUACAGCUAGGUUAAUGAAUGUCGGGUAGAUUGUUGAUUUAAUCAGAAUUUAGCACAAAUUAUUCACCCACAUCUCACAAAAACAAUGAUUUGAAUCACAUAAUAUUAGAAUUAUAAUACAAGUGACCACACAUUACAAUGGGGUGCGAGUUUAGCGUCCCUAGAAAAAUGUGCGAUCACGGUUUUCCAUAACGUGAAGCCGCGUCAUCUGCGCAUGUGUAAAGAAACAUGAGUUUGAAAAGAAAUUAUUUACUUUUUUUCACAUAAA